AUGGCCUUGACAACCCUUGUUCGGCUUGCUUCUGCCCUUUUCGCUCUCCAGACUGUCCUCGCAGCUCCCGAUGAGUCCUCCAACGUUCUGACUUGGAAAGGCUCAAGAUAUCGCUGCAAGUGCUACGAAGGUGGAAAGUGUUGGCCAUCGCGGGACAAAUGGCGUGCACUCAACGCCACCGUCGAUGGCAAUCUGGAGGCAGUCAUUCCAGACCCUGCGGUCUGCUACAACACCUUCGAAGGAAAACCUACCUACGACGCUGCUAAAUGCCAGGAGGUGACCGAACGAUGGGCCGACCAGAACUGGCAAUCCGAGCGCUCUGUAUCUAACCAUUGGAUCCUCUGGACCAACACAACUUGCCUUCCAACUGAAAACCCCAACGACACUUGCACUCUGGGGUACUUCCCUGAGUAUGUGAUCCUGGCCAAGAAGAAGGAGCACAUCAAGGCUGGCAUCGACUUUGCCAGGAAGAACAAUAUCCGCCUUGUCAUCCGCAACACUGGCCAUGAUUUCCUUGGCCGUUCUACCGGCUACGGCUCACUCGCCAUUAACACCCACAGCUUCAAGGGUAUGAUCUUUUCCAAUGAGGAUAAGAACGUCAAGUUCCACAAAAGGUACACUGGUCCCGGCAACUGGCGAGGUGGUGCGGUCACUGUUGGUGCUGGCAUCCAAGGUCGAGAGCUUUGGAGGCUCGCCAAUGCUCAGAACCCUCCUGUCGCACUUGUGACCGGAGAGUGCCCGACUGUCGGUUUUGCUGGAGGUUAUAUUCAAGGCGGCGGUCAUGGCCCCUUGGCGACACGCUACGGCAUGGCUGCUGACCAGGCACUAUCAUUCGACGUCAUUACCGCUGACGGAAGAUAUGUAACCGCCAACGCUGCCAAAAACCCCGACUUAUUCUGGGCACUUAAGGGUGGUGGGCCAGCCACCUUUGCUGCAGUCGUGUCCGUCACUGUCAAGACGUUCCCCGAAACGCCAUCCGCAGGUGUCGAACUUUACAUCAAUACAACACAUACAACCGACGAGACUCUGUUCUGGAAGGGCUUUACGGCCUUCCACAAUCUGGCCAAUCACUACGUCGACAAUGAGAUGUUCGUCUACUACGAGCUCUUCCCCUUCACGCUGCGCGUUCGACCCUUCGUUGGCCCCAACAUGAACGCUUCGAAGAUCGCCGAGGUCCUCAAGCCCUUAUUCGACGAAUUGGACAGAGAAGGUGUUCCAUAUGACGCGUAUAUCAAGGACUUCCCCACCUUCUUCGACCUUUACAUCGACAUGUUCGAAGACGAGGGCGCAGGCGCCAACACCCUUGUUGGUGGGCGCUUGUUCACCCGCCGUGACAUCGCGGAACACGGCAAUGACAUUGUCGAAGCAAAGAAAAAGAUCGUUCAAUACGGUAUUAUCGGACAUAUUGUCGGUCCAGGUGUUGGCCUCCCUGUCGCCGACAGCGCCAUCAACCCGGCCUGGCGUAACGGUUCUUCAUUCAGUAUCUCCUUGUAUCCUCUCCCGUUCGGCCUCAGCUUCGAGGAAAAGCAAGCUGCCGAGCAAUUCUUGACGGACGAGGUCGACGGGCCUCUCCGGGCUGCCAGUCCCUACGGCGCGGCCUAUGUUAACGAGGGUAACCUUGCCGAACCCAAUUGGCAGCACGCCUACUGGGGAAGCAACUACCCCAGGUUGAAGCAGCUCAAACGGAAGUGGGACCCUCAGGGUGUGUUCUAUGCGCGAACCACCCCUGGAACCGAGGACUGGGAGGUGAUCGACUACGGCAAGAAGCUCUGCAAGAAGUUGUAGUCCGAGCCGCCUGUUGUUAUUCUGUACUACCAAUACACCUAUGUUUCGCUUG